AUGGACUCUUACCGCGGAGACGAAAAACUCCCAUUCCUGAUCGUCGCCGUCUUCACCUCACAAAGUGUGAUGCUCGUUGCUCAUAGCUGCCACGCAGGUCGUGUCUGGGGCAUGCUCUCAAAGCCAUGGAAAAUGAUAGCACCAAUUUGCACAUUCAUGACUCUGGUGCGAUACAUCGGGUCCUUCAUCGCCGGAGCCUUCUACUUCAAGGUACACGAUAACGCGACUUUUCGAGCGCAGUUUGGACCAUUAUCAUGUCUAUCAUCGCCUGCGCCGCCUCGGUAG